AAGGCGCGAUGAUAAUUGUAACAGUGAGAUAAAAAUUACGUAAUUUCAAUACGAACGCGUUGUUUCCAUGCUUGUGAUCGAGUUUCUCAAGUGGAUGUGAACAGAACCGUUGUUCUGAUAUAAUUUCAAGCGAGGAAAGCGACGAUCAUCCUGCGAAAGAAAGCGCAGUCAGAGAAUACCAGGAGACACGAGAGUUGGGAGAAGUAUAUAAAAUGUCGUUAACAACGUCCAAUUUUCGAAUUUUCUACUUCUCUCUGGGUGAAGUUUCUUCGAGUUUCGGGCAACAAGGGUAUUUUCAUUGAACGAAAGGAAGGAAAGGAACUGUUGACUUUUGAAAUUUGGAAAAUUUUGGAAAAGGAGAAACAGAAGUUUUACAGAAGUGUUUAAGGAACGGUGUUGUUCGACAGUGUUGAAAAUCCGAGAGAAAGAGAAAUGUCUGGAGGCGUGAAAAUAUUUUUAGCGUUAUUGCAGAUUUUUUUUUGCGGGUUGACGAUUUGCACAGCUCGCAUGGAAGAUGAACCACCGAUCAUUCAUUCGAUCCCUUUCGAAAACAAGACGAUAAAACUCGACGAGUACGAAAAUUUACCUGUGGUUGGAAAAUGUUGCCCCAUAGGAGAAGCUUUUGUGAUAAACGUAACUGGCAAAACGGUUUGCGCAGUCAUGAAUCCCUUCAUUAGCGAAAAUUUCUCUCCUAUUUUCUAUAAUUUUAAUGAUUCUGGUUAUCAAGUCCCCGGCGAGGUUCGAAGUCCAUUUGUCGCCAUUAUUGGAAAUCCCUGUAAAUACAAAAAAUACAUUUUAAAUUCGAACGAAGACGCGCAAGAUUUUCAUGUAUUAUUAACGAAUGGCUCGAUAUUUGCACCCGAACACGAGCCAAAAAUAUUGCAACCCGGAAUCGAUUAUUGCAUAGAAAUUAUUCCAGAGAUGGGAAUCAACACUUUCGUGUGUUUUCCUGAAGAUCGCGUAAUAAUAACCGCAGACUCUCGAAUUACGAUCUACGCUUGCGGCCUUUUAAUAUCCGUACCAUUCUUAAUUCUUACGAUCGCUGCGUAUUCUUUUACACCAGAGUUGAGAGACGUAUAUGGGAAAGCAGUGUGUCGUUAUUGCGGAUGUUUGGCUCUUGCUUUCGUCAUGUUGGUAAUCAUACAAUUAUGGAAUAUAGAAUUGUCGAACCAAACUUGUACAAAUAUAGCAUUCAUUAUCCAAUUCUCCUUCGUCGCGUGCUUUUUCUGGCUAAAUGCGAUGUGCAUUGAAAUGUGGUUAUUAGUGCGUUUCUACGUCGGUAAAUGUAGGAACAGAGAAAACUGCAAAAGGACAGAAUCAAGAACGUUAUUCUUUUGGUACUCUUUAUGGUGUUGGGGUCCCUCGGUGAUACUUAUCCUUGUCUCAAUGAUCAUGGAUCUUAAUCCGAUGAUACCUGCGACUUACGUGAAGAAUUCCGGCAAGGAAAGUUGUUCGUUCAAAGCUGAAGACGAAGCGAUACCAUAUUUUUAUAUACCAAUUGGAUUGCUUCUUCUCGGGAAUGUGAUUCUUUUUAUUUUAACUUUCAUCAAAUUGACUAAAUAUCAAAGGGAACUUGACUUGAGACGUCUCAGAAGAAACGAACCAGUGGAUCAAAACGAUCGAAGGACCCUUCGAUAUUUAAUGAGAACCGCAUUUGUCUGCAUGCUAAUUUUUUUCUUGAUGAGCCUCAAUUGGACGAUGGAAUUAAUAUCCUGGUACAUCGAUGGAGAUUCCUUCGAUUGGUCCUCUUUCGACCUCGUAAACGCUCUUCAAGGUGUUCUUAUUUUUGGUUUGUUCGUGCUACGAAGGCCACCAAGAGACUUUAUAUGGAAUAGAAUACAAAAAUUUCGAGGUAUUAAUGAAAUACCAGAACGAGAAAUUGGAAGCAUGGAAUUGGGUCUGCUUCAGAUGAUGAAUGGUGAUCCUGUGCCUAGAUAG